AAAAAAAGAAUGCUUGAGAACAUAGUUUAUCUUUUAAAUUUAAACUUUGAGAGAAUAUACGCUUAAGAACAGAACUGAUCAUUAUUGUGCAUAGAUGUUGCCUUGACAACCGUGCGAAACAAUUAUGGAUGCCGACUGUGGCUUGCAGUGAGUAUUUGACAGCUCUUUGACAAUUUCACACUAUAAACGAUAGAUUACAUGCAAUUACAAUGUGGAUCAUAAUGAGCAUAUAAAUAUACAAUGCAAACUGAAGCAUCAAUUUUACCAGUAGUACAAUUGCAUAUGCAUAGAACUUUGACUAGAAAAUCAAAGCCCAUUUCAACAUUAGAAUCCAAGAAGCUGUCUCCUUGCAGAAAUACUCUAUUUUCACCAAAUAAAAAAUGUUUAAACCCCUUGCCUGGUGCACCUUAUAAAGGCAGCAUUAAACAGCAAUCACUGUCAGAUGAACAGAAAUCUAGUAGAAAAAGCAUUCUUGGACAAAGAGUAAUGUCAGCAAAAAUGCUUCGUUUCAAACAGCUGCAAAAUCAAUUAGCUGAUGCACACUAUCAUCUAAAUGAAUUAGCGAAUGAAAAUAGACUCUUAAAGGCAUUGCAGAAAAGACAAGAUUCUGCAUUAAGACGUUACGAGGGAACAAAUGCUGAGCUACCACGACUUAUAAAUUCCCAUCAUGAAGAAUUGAGAGUACUUCAAACAAAGUACAAAAAACUGAAAGAAUUGCAUAAAGAUACUUGUAACAUAUUGAAAGAAAAAGAAAAUGAGCUUUACACUGUAAAUUCACAAAACAAGCACUUAUUGCAACUUAGCAAAAAUAGACAUCUCGAAGAGAGAGAAAAGUUACAGUUACAAUUAUCCGACAUGAAUCAUAAAAUGCAACAGCAACAAGACACUAUACAGCUUUUACACAGAAAGCUUGCGCUGGAAACCAAGAGUCUAAAGCAUCAAUUACAUAUCGAGAUUUGUAAACACAAAGAAACACAGAAAAACUUACAGGAGACAAUAGAAAAAUUGAAAAGUUUAGAAUGUUUGUUGGACAAUAGAGAGAAGAGACUGUAUUACAAUGGUCAAUUACCAAUUAAUAUCAAAGAGAGAAAUUUAGUUAGCCAUUCUCUUACAAGCCUUAAAAACACAAGAUUAAUUAACAGCACGGACGAUACCUCUGAUACAUUGGAUGACACAAUCAAGAGGGACAGUUUUCAUUACAAUAAUGACGAAGAAAACGAAGAAGAGUUAAAUACACGUCUGGCAAAAGAUUCAGCAUUUCAGGAGCAGCACGUGUACGAGAGAAAAUCGAAGGUACUGCGCCAUAGAAUCACAGAUCUUUACGAUAGUGGCUCUGAAGAUGACUCCGACGAAAAGGUGGACGCAAAUAGAGAUUCCUCCGCCGAAUGUAAAACCAACGAUUUUCCUAUCUUACCUAAAUAUGACCAGGAAAAUCCCGGUAAAUCUAUCGACGACGCCAAUCGUACAGACAACAGCAAUCCAGAAAUUGAAGAACGAUCUAUCAUCGAAAGACUGAAGGGUGCGGAGCUACAGAGGAUAUCGAAUAACGUUCGAGAUAACGCGCGCUCGAGCGAAAAUCUAGAGGUUUCGCAACGCUCUUCAAACGCGAAGAAAAUCUGGUUGGAGGAUCAACGUUCUUCGGAGCGUAACGAAGAUAAAUCUCUUCCAACUGUUAGUAAGAAAGAUACGAGAGAUGAAGCGAGAUAUUCGGAAGAUGAAUCAGUAACACACGCCGAUAUGUCACACGGCAAGAUCCGUAAUGAUAUGUUGAAACCAAAUAGCACGCGCAAAGAAGUGGAAAAUUUGCCAAAUACAGAACGGGAAGAGGAUGAAGAAAAAACACAGCAAAUUCGUAGAAAGGAUUCUGUGACAAAUCGUCCCGAUGAGUACAAUAAUCCUACGCGUGACUUGGGAAAAGAAAAUUCUACAUUCAAGAAAGAAGAAACGUUAAAUUCGACACAGCAAUCCGACGUCGACGAAGGAACAGCAAAGAACAAUGAAACAAGUUUGGGAACAGAAACCAGCCUAAGUGUUUCGUCAGAAGCGAAAGACGUUGGCGCAUUAUUAUUGUCGAACAAUAAGCUCGCGUCUCAUGAUCUGAACGAGGAGAGCAACGACGCGAAAACUGACGUAACGGAUACAAGAGAAACAAAUGACAGGAAGAGGAUUACUUACAACAAGGAGAAACUGUUGGCCACAAUGAAAGCCAUAGAUGACAACGAGAAUAUCGAGUUUUUGAGUCAGGGAUACAAGAAUCACAACGCGGCCAAUAGAAUGCAGAUAACGGAAAAUUUAUAUCGCGGUUUGCCCGCUCACUCGAAGACAAAGCGCGACAUAAUCAAAGACAUAUUUGAGGAUAAUCAUAGAGAGAAUAAAGUCAGAGGCAAUUGCAGCAAAUCCCAUUGAAAUCUUAGAGGUGUGGUGGUUGUUAUUGAAGAUUACAGUAAAUAGGAUAAAACUUGA